GGCGAGCAUUCCAUACGACGGGAUAAACGAUUCUUAACUCGUUAUACAAGUGCAGAAAAUCUCAUAAGAGUGAAAUUCAAGUUCACCGUAGAAGAAUUGUGCAACUCCAACGAAGCAUGUGUUUUAGUUUCACUAAAAAUAUUGACAGAAAAUUAAAAAAAAAAAAAAUUUGUGAAAUAUAAUGAAAAAAUAUUUUAUCGAAAUUUCAUUUCGUAAAUUUUUUCGCAGCUGUUGCCAGCACCAACAACACGAAGCACAUCGUGCAUAUUUAUCUAUAUAUUGAGUAAUCAAAGUGAAAAUUCGAAAAAAUAAAAGCGAAAAAAUUGUUGUGUCCAAGUGAGCGCGCGCACAACAACUCUCGGCGUCAAAGUGUAUUCAAGUAUCGUCGCCUAUGUUGUUAGUGUGCUGUUAUUUUGGUCGCGCUGCAUGACGUAUUGAGGCACGCUACGGUUGGGCGCUCGCCCGAACACAACAUCUUCGUAGCUUCCUAGUUGCGCGCGCGUUUCUAACGAGUCUUCAGAAUUUCGGCCAAAAAUCUUUAUGUAGCUCUUCUGGUCACCGUUUUCGGACUAUUGCCGUUGUUGUCACCAUUGAAACACGCGCUGACAGUCGAAAAUGUUUUUAAUUUGCGCGCCUCAUAGCAAACUCAGCGCAAUAAUAAAUUCACUUUUGUUGUAAUUGCUGUAAUACUUAGCCAAGAGCAAGAAAUCUUAGAAGACAGCAGAAAUUUUGCAAACGGAAAAACAACACGAAGAUAUUUUUUUUUUUCGUUUUUUCUCGUUUAAAAUAUUCAUUAUGCGUUCAUUGGCACAAAAAUAUGCUGAAGGAAGCUGAGCGCGGCAAAGAAGUACGAGCACAACUCGUGAGAAUGUGAUAAAGCGAAGCGCAAACAAGAAGAAAUAAUCGAAAAUUAGAAAAUUCACCAAAGUGAGUGUUUGUUGUGUGACAUAAUGUGACUGCGAAGCGUUGUGCAAAUGUUGUCAACCUCAGCGGCACCACAGCUGACGUGUGCGCGCAAGUGUAUAAGUAUGUGUGAGUUAGUGCACCACUUCAUAAUGUGCAAACAUCAUAAAAUAAAAUGCUAAACAGCGAAGCAUUAAAAAUGGUGGAUAAAAAUUAAAAUAAUAAUUGAAAAAGUGAUUUAGAUUGCAAACAAAUUAUAAAAGCAGCACUGCGCUACGAGUUGCCAAUAAAUACGCGCUGAAAAUCUCUUGUAUUUCGUAUUAAAAAAAUGUAAAACACUGUUUUUAUUGUCAAACAAAAUAUCACAGCUAUGGAAGAUUUCGCCUUUGCGCUCAACCAAAGUGUCACCGCGAACGUCAUGAGCAAUGGGAUGUCGGGGUGUGACCAAAGCACUGUCGAAUCAUUGGCCGAAGAUCCAACAGAUUCACCAUUCGCUGCCGAUGAGUGUCUCAAAGUACGCAAGUACUGGUGUUUUUUGCUCUCCAGCAUUUUUACCUUCCUUGCUGGGCUAUUUAUUGUGCUACUAUGGCGCGCGUUUGCGUUCAUUUGCUGUCGCAAGGAGCCCGAUUUGGGACCCAACGAUCCCAAACAGAAAGAGCAGAAGGCGUCACGCAACAAACAAGAGUUCGAAGGCACCUUUAUGACCGAAGCCAAAGACUGGGCUGGCGAGCUUAUAUCGGGACAAACGACAACUGGUAGAAUUCUGGUCGUGCUUGUAUUUAUACUCAGCAUUGCAUCACUCAUUAUUUACUUCGUGGAUGCAUCUAGCGAAGAAGUCGAAAGAUGUCAAAAAUGGAGUAAUAACAUUACUCAACAAAUCGAUCUCGCAUUCAAUAUAUUUUUUAUGGUUUACUUUUUUAUACGAUUCAUAGCGGCGUCCGAUAAACUUUGGUUUAUGUUAGAAAUGUACAGUUUUGUAGAUUAUUUUACAAUACCCCCGUCCUUUGUAUCAAUAUAUUUAGAUCGGACAUGGAUCGGUCUCCGAUUUCUUCGAGCGUUACGCCUCAUGACUGUACCGGAUAUUUUACAAUAUUUAAACGUUCUAAAAACAUCGAGCUCGAUACGCUUGGCUCAACUAGUAUCAAUUUUUAUAUCUGUAUGGUUAACAGCAGCGGGCAUAAUACAUCUGCUGGAGAACUCUGGCGAUCCGCUGGAUUUUAAUAAUGCUCAUCGAUUAUCCUAUUGGACCUGUGUCUAUUUCCUAAUUGUGACCAUGUCAACGGUAGGAUAUGGUGACGUUUACUGUGAGACUGUAUUGGGAAGAACCUUCCUUGUGUUCUUUCUACUCGUCGGCUUGGCAAUGUUUGCCAGCAGUAUACCGGAAAUAAUAGAGCUCGUUGGUAGUGGCAAUAAAUAUGGCGGUGAACUGAAAAGAGAACACGGAAAGAGACAUAUUGUCGUUUGCGGACAUAUAACGUACGAGUCGGUGUCGCAUUUCUUAAAGGAUUUCCUGCACGAAGAUCGAGAAGAUGUGGACGUGGAGGUGGUAUUUUUACAUCGCAAGGAGCCUGAUCUGGAGCUAGAAGGUUUGCUGAAGCGUCACUAUACGACGGUGGCGUUUUUUCAGGGCACCAUGAUGAAUGCCGUCGAUUUGGAGCGAGUCAAGGUACAUGAAGCUGAUGCCUGCUUGGUACUGGCCAAUAAAUAUUGCCAAGAUCCCGAUGCUGAAGAUGCUGCCAAUAUUAUGCGAGUCAUCUCGAUUAAAAACUACAGCGAAGACAUACGAGUGAUUAUACAACUUAUGCAAUAUCAUAAUAAGGCUUAUUUACUCAACAUACCCUCAUGGGAUUGGAAACAGGGUGAUGAUGUCAUCUGUCUGGCCGAACUUAAGCUUGGCUUCAUUGCACAGAGUUGCCUGGCGCCGGGCUUCUCAACAAUGAUGGCGAAUUUAUUCGCGAUGCGAUCGUUUAAAACUUCACCAGACAUGCAGUCCUGGACCAAUGACUAUCUGCGCGGCACGGGCAUGGAAAUGUACACUGAAACAUUGAGUCCAACAUUUAUUGGAAUACCAUUUGCUCAGGCCACUGAACUGUGCUUCUCGAAACUGAAACUAUUGCUAGUAGCUAUCGAAAUCAAAGGUGCCGAAGAGGGCGCGGAUAGCAAAAUAUCGAUAAAUCCGCGUAAUGCCAAAAUACAGGCGAAUACACAAGGCUUCUUUAUAGCGCAGAGCGCCGAUGAAGUGAAACGCGCCUGGUUCUACUGCAAGGCCUGCCAUGAGGACAUCAAAGACGAAACAUUGAUCAAGAAGUGUAAAUGCAAAAACUAUGUGGGCAUGAUUAUGAUGCAGACCGGAAUGGUGAAUCAAGGCAUUACCUCAGUCCUUAACCAAAUGGAGGAUGAUUUCCAUCCAGCACCCACAUUUACGCCGCCCGAGCUGCCCAAGCGGGUGCAUGUGCGCGGAUCAGUAACGGGUGACAUGACACGCGAUAGAGAGGAUGUGAACCUCAUAAAUCGCAAUGGUCGCCGCACAAACGGCACCGGCAAUGGUAGUACAGGGUUGCAUAUGAAUUCAAUAGCUGCGAAACAAGUUAACAAGGUGAAACCGACGAUUAACCGACAACAGGUUGAGGGUCAGGUGAUAUCACCAUCACAAUACAACAGGCCGCCAGAAAACGAUGCUAACCCAUAUGCGGGCUAUCAACUCGCUUACGAAGUUAAAAAGCUCAUGCCAACAAGUCGCAGCUCCGGCACAGGCACACAAAAUCAAAAUGGCGGCGUCUCAUUACCGGCCGGUAUUGCGGACGACCAAUCGAAGGAUUUCGAUUUUGAAAAGACCGAAAUGAAAUACGAUUCGACGGGCAUGUUCCACUGGAGUCCGGCUAAGAAUUUAGAAGACUGCAUAUUGGAUCGCAAUCAAGCGGCAAUGACUGUUCUAAAUGGUCACGUUGUCGUAUGCCUUUUUGCCGAUCCAGAUUCGCCGCUAAUCGGACUGCGCAACUUGGUAAUGCCAUUGCGCGCCUCAAAUUUUCACUAUCACGAACUGAAGCAUGUGGUGAUAGUUGGUUCGGUGGACUAUAUACGACGCGAAUGGAAGAUGUUGCAGAAUUUGCCAAAGAUAUCGGUGUUGAACGGUUCGCCGCUGAGUCGUGCCGAUUUGCGUGCCGUGAACGUGAAUCUGUGCGAUAUGUGUUGUAUUCUGUCGGCGAAAGUUCCUAGCAACGACGAUCCGACGCUGGCCGAUAAGGAGGCCAUUUUAGCGUCGCUCAACAUCAAGGCAAUGACCUUUGACGAUACGAUCGGUGUACUGAGUCAACGUGGGCCCGAAUUCGAUAAUCUGAGCGCGACCGCUGGCAGCCCAAUUGUGCUGCAACGGCGCGGCUCCGUUUACGGCGCGAAUGUGCCCAUGAUAACAGAACUGGUCAACGAUAGUAACGUGCAGUUUCUCGAUCAAGACGAUGACGAUGAUCCGGAUACGGAGCUAUAUCUGACGCAGCCGUUCGCCUGCGGUACCGCCUUCGCCGUUAGUGUUCUCGACUCGCUGAUGUCGACGACGUACUUUAAUCAAAACGCUUUAACGUUAAUCCGCUCACUUAUCACCGGCGGUGCUACACCAGAGCUGGAACUCAUACUCGCCGAAGGUGCUGGUCUACGUGGCGGUUACAGCACUGUGGAUAGUCUUAGCAAUCGUGACAGAUGUCGUGUUGGCCAAAUAUCUCUGUAUGACGGUCCCUUGGCCCAAUUCGGCGAAUGUGGAAAAUAUGGCGAUCUAUUUGUAGCAGCGCUCAAAUCGUACGGCAUGCUUUGCAUUGGCCUCUACCGAUUUCGGGAUACCAGUUCGAGUUGUGAUGCGAGUAGCAAACGUUAUGUUAUAACGAACCCACCCGAUGAUUUUUCACUACUGCCAACAGAUCAGGUUUUCGUAUUAAUGCAAUUCGAUCCGGGCUUAGAGUAUAAACCGGCCGCAGUACGUGCGCCACCUGGUGGUCGGGCUGCCAACACACAAGGCUCCGGGGUCGGUGGGGGUGGUUCAAACAAGGAUGAUAACUCUUGAUUGUUACUGUGUAGCGCCUUAACUGAUGGUCCUUACUCGUACAUUUGAACGAUGGAGCAAACGAUCGGGUACAAAAUAGCGCAUUUCUGGCAAUACAUAAUCGGCAAAAUAUGGCAAAAAAUACGAGCGGCAAUGCGAAAUGUAUCGAACAAAAAGAAUUAGCACAAGAAAAGCAAUAAACAAAAGCAAUUGGUGUAAUGAACAAAAAAUAAACCAAUUUUAAUGUCGCAAGUGGAACAAAAUCUAUAGGAAUUUGUCAAAAUUAUAUAUGUAAAGAAAUGCGUAUACAAUACAUGGGUGACCUAGUAAAUGCGCCAUUUUGUACUUUUAUAUUUGCACAGACAUUCGCCAAUGCAAGCCUCAUUUAAAGUAGAUCACAUGCGUAUGUAUGUAUGUAUAUGGGGAGCGCCACAAAAAAAAAACAUUUCAAUUUUCAAUUGGAAGCAAAUGUCUUUGCAAAUAUAAAAAUCAAACUCCAACUAAUAAAAUAUACAAAAACAAACUGAUUACUCGAAUCAGUAUGA